AAAUAUCUGCUGCGGGACUCCCCGUUCCUCCCCCUUUCACUUCCUCCCCUCCCCGAGCUGCUCGACGCAAAACAACCGGUCCCUAGUACUCCAACUUUCUUUGCCACAGUAUCGCCUUAAGUCAAACGAUGGCAGCAUUUCUGAAAUCCCUUCGGAAUCUGAAGAAUGAGAUCGUUCUAUUCUCUUCCCCGUUACUUCUUCUCCCGCUGCCUUUAGUCAUUGGAACAAAGGAGGCAUCAUGUGCCUAUGUAAUCAUCCUGAUGGCAGUGUACUGGUGUACAGAGGCCUUACCGCUGGCUGUCACUGCCCUGCUCCCUGCUGUCCUCUUCCCCAUGUUUGGCAUCAUGCAGUCCAAAGACGUGUGUAUGCAGUACCUGAAGGACACCAACAUGUUGUUUGUGGGAGGACUGAUGGUGGCGGUGGCAGUGGAGCACUGGAACCUGCACAAGCGCAUUGCCCUCCGAGUGCUGCUCUUUGUAGGGGUGCGCCCCGCUCUUCUGAUGCUGGGCUUCAUGGGGGUGACAGCUUUCCUGUCCAUGUGGAUCAGUAACACAGCCACCACAGCCAUGAUGGUGCCCAUCGUCCAGGCUGUUCUGGAGCAGCUCAACAACUACACAGAGACUGAGAUGCCUGUGAUCCUCAGCGCUGAGGAGAACCCCCAAUCUCAGGAACCCACUGACAGCAAACAGACGGAGAAACAGGCAGAGGGACAUGUUGUGGUGACCUGUUUAGAUCCAUUUGUGGAGGCUAUCCGGCGUAAGGAAGCUGCAGACAAGAAGAAGAUGUGUAAGGGCAUGACGCUGUGUGUCUGCUAUGCGGCCAGCAUCGGGGGCACUGCCACCCUCACAGGGACUGGCCCCAAUCUGGUGCUCAAGGGACAGAUGAACCAACUGUUUCCUAACAAUGGAGAUGUCAUCAAUUUUGCGUCCUGGUUCGGCUUUGCUUUCCCCAACAUGAUCCUGAUGCUGACCCUGGCUUGGCUCUGGCUGCAGUUUGUCUUCAUGGGAUUCAAUUUUAAGAAGACGUGGGGCUGUGGGGCAGUGAAGACAGAGAAAGAGAUAGCUGUGUACAAUGUGAUCAAGGAGCAGCAUCGUCAGCUGGGCUCCAUGUCUUUUGGAGAGCUGAGUGUGCUGGGUCUGUUCAGUUGUCUGGUGGUUCUGUGGUUCACCAGAGAUCCUGGCUUCGUGGCCGGCUGGGCCACAUACAUCUUCAACGCUGACGCAGAAUAUGUAACUGAUGCCACAGUGGCAGUGUUCAUCGCUGUCCUUCUCUUCGUCCUGCCUUCUAAGCCCCCGCGCUUCUGCUGCAGGAGGUCCCAAAGCUUUGACAUUGAGCAUCAGCACCCGGCUGGCCCCACACCAGCUCUGCUGACCUGGAAGGUGGCCCAGAAGAAGUUACCCUGGAGCAUCGUUCUCCUCUUGGGGGGAGGGUUCGCCCUGGCCAAGGGCAGUGAGGAGUCAGGUCUGUCUAUGUGGAUGGGGGACCAGAUGACUCCCCUCCACAACAUCCCACCCUGGGCCAUCGCCAUCAUCCUGUGUCUGCUGAUUGCCAUCUUCACCGAGUGCACCAGUAACGUGGCCACUGCCACUCUCUUCCUACCUGUCCUCGCCUCAAUGUCCCAGUCCAUUGGAAUGAAUCCUCUGUACGUCAUGGUGCCUUGUACUCUCAGUGCCUCCUUUGCCUUCAUGCUACCUGUGGCCACACCGCCCAAUGCUAUCGUCUUCUCAUUUGGCUACCUCAAGGUUUCUGACAUGGCUAGGACAGGUAUAGUGAUGAACAUCAUCGGCAUCCUGUGCAUCACUCUGGCCAUCAAUAGCUGGGGCAGGGCCAUGUUCCACCUAGACACCUUCCCUACCUGGGCCAACACUACUGGGUUGUGAGGGCCCCGAGGGUCCUCGGGCCAGGCCAUGGGGAACACAUGGAAGGGCCCCUUAUGUGCUAGAAACCUCUACCGAGAAAGGCAUCAACGUGACUGGUCGUGUUAGUGUGUUGGGUGUUGGGAGAAAAGCCACGUAGCUUCCAUUACGAAGGACACUUGAAUCACCCUGUGGAAAGAAUGAUGGAUGGAUGGAUGGGUUUAACUGGAGAGAAGAAUGAUGAAGGGUGGAAAGUAUCACUUCUGUACUUUUAAUGCUGUAAUGUGUUAUAGAGAAUGUCCAGUCCUAUUCAAAAUUCCCAAGCAUUAUCUCUAUCAAAUCAAUCAAAUGUAUUCAUAAAGCCCUUUUUACAUCAGCCAAUGUCACAAAGUGCUAUACAGAAACCCAGCCUAAAACCCAAAAAGCAAGCAAUGCAGAUGUAGAAGCACGGUGGCUAGGAAAAACUCCCAAGAAAGGCAGGAACCUAGUAAGAAACCUAGAGAGGAACCAGGCUCUGAAGGGUAGCCAGUCCUCUUCUGGCUGUGCCAGGUGGAGAUUAUAACAAUACAUGACCAAGAUGUUCAAAUGUUCAUAGAUGACCAACAGGGUCAAAUAAUAAUAAUCACAGUGGUUGUAGAGGCUGCAACAGGUCAGCACCUCUGGAGUAAAUGUCAGUGAACAUGUUCUCAACUUCUCACUCUCAGACGUAGUUUCUGUCUCAUAUUUGUUGGUCUGUUUAUAUAUCAAGACUCAGAGUUGCUUAAAAUCCAUUUGUGGUUGACUGUUUUUGAUGAACUUUUCCUUUUCACAAAAUAGCUUGUGAACUACACUACAUGACCAAAAGUAUGUGAACACCUGAACACAUCGCCUGGCUCGCAGUAGGCGUUCCAAUUCAUCCAAAAAGUGUUAGAUGGGGUUGAGAUCAGGGCUCUGUGCAGGCCAGUCAAGUUCUUCAACACCGAUCUCGACAAAACAUUUCUGUGGCAUUGUCAUGCUGAAACACGAAAGGUCCUUCCCCAAACUUUUGCCACAAAGUUGGAAGCACAGAAUCAACUAGAAUGUCAUUGUAUGCUGGUGCGUCAAGAUAUCCGUUCACUGGAACUAAGGGGCCUAGCCCAAUCCAUGAAAAACAGCCCCAGACCAUUAUUCCUCCUCCACCAAACUUUACAGUUGGCACUAUGCAUUUGGGCAGGUAGAGUUCUCCUGGCAUCGGCCAAAUCCAGAUUUGUUCGUCAGUCUGCCAGAUGGUGAAGCAUGAUUCAUCACUCCAGAAACGCGUUUUCACUGCUCCAGAGUCCAAUGGUGGUGAGCUUUACACCACUCCAGCCAACGCUUGGCAUAGCACAAGGUGAUCUUACGUUUGUGUGCGGCUGCUCGGCCAUGGAAACCCAUUUCGUUAAGUCUCCCGACACAGUUAUUGUGCUGACAUUGCUUCUAGAGGCAGUUUGGAACUCGGUAGUGAGUGUUGCAACCGAGGACAGACAAUUUGUACUCACUCUGAAUUUGUCAGCACUCUGAAGCAUGUAGGGGUGGCAGGUAGCCUAGUGUUUAGAGCAUUGGACUUAUAACCGAAAGAUUGCAAGAUCGAAUCCCCAAGCUGACAAGGUAAAAAUCAGUCGUUCUGCCCCUGAACAAGGCAGUUAACCCACUGUUCCUAGGCGUCAUUGAAAAUAAGAAUUUGUUCUUAACUGACUUGCCUAGUUAAAUAAAGGUUAAAAAAAAACUUCACAAUAACAGCACUUACAGUGCGGGGCAGAAAUUUUACGAACUGACUUGUUGGAAAGGUGGCAUCCUAUGACGGUGUCACGUUGAAAGCCUCUGAGCUCUUCAGUACGGCAAAUUCUACUGCUAAUGUUUGUCUAUGGAGAUCGCAUGGCUGUGUGCUCGAGUUUAUACACCUGUCACCAACAGGUGUCACUGAAAUAGCCAAAUCCACUAAUUUGAAGGGGUGUCCACAUACCUUUGUAUAUAUAGUGUAUGUUUCCAUGACCAAACAAUGUAUGUCAUCUUCUCUUUUUGCUAAUGUAUAGUCUUAGUCUUAGAUUAACUUGUUUUGAUUUUGCUAGUAAUCAAUAGUGAAACGUGGUGCAUUGUACUUGAACUUUGAAUACUGUAUGACUGUACAACUUGAGAUGCCUUUGUACAUACUUUUCUAAACUUUAACCGUUGGGGCUGGAAAAUGCAAACAUAUUGAAAACUCAGAUAUGUGAAUACACUGUACAAUGGUUAUUUACUGUGUGCUGAUGAUGUUUCUCCUUCGUUAUAACAGUAAUAUAAUGUGUAUUUCAAUACAUUUUAUUUAAUUAUUAUAGUAUUAUCUUGAUCAAAAGUUGUAUAUUCAUAAGAUGUAAUAUAGUUUAUAGUGUAUUGCACACUCUGAAAUGUCCAAAAUGGAAAGGAAAUGUCUGGGCUGCUUGCAUGUACUGUACAGUCAGAGAUGGGCAAAAAUUACAAGAUACAAUUACAAAAUAUCAUAAAUGUAUUUAAUUAAAAUACAUGUAUUUUAUAUUUUAAAAUACAGAAAUACAUUUGCAAGUAGCCGGCCCGAACAGCAACAACAUUCUCAGCAAUGGUUACAGAAACGUUUUACUUGCUAUGACUGUGAUGAGUUGUUGUUUAUCUUAGUUGAAUGCACUGACUGUAUAUGUGAAAAUGCACAUACCAAAAUGAACUGCAAAGCACACUGGGUAUUGUUAUUGGCCUUGUUUCAGGGUCAUGUCUAGAUGGGAUACAGCUUAACCUAAUUCUCAUAACCUGCUAUGUAAAUUCUCCUAAACCUGCUACGAAAAGUCUGUUCAUGUAGUUCAUUUAGCAGACGCUUUUAUCACACCAUAUUUCUAUCAGACUUCUGAUACCAAUGCAAGGUGAAAGGGAGCCACAAAAUGGUGAACCGCUAUAAAAAAGGAAAACAAAAAUUACAGCUCUUGAAAGUAUCUUGUUACAGAAUACAUUGGAGUGUAGUUCAGCCCAUUGUAAUACAAAUGACAAAAUACAUCUCCGUGUACAGUGCCUUAUAGAUUCAUGCAAUCGUAUACAGAUUUCACUGGUUUGAUACACUGUUGCAAACUGAUCGUGCGAAAUAAAUACAACUAAGAGGAAAAUAAAAUAUGUAUUCAUCUUAA